AUGCGCCACCUGCUCUGUGUGUUGGUUCUCUCAUUCUGUUGUGUCUGCGGAUGUGUGCUGGCUACUACAGGAGGUGAGGCUACUGGAGUUGGCGGUGCUUCUUUACAGACCCGAGAUGAAGGUCCUCAUUCAGAAGAUGCGGAAGAAGAAACUCUGGAAACAUGUGGUGCUGAAGGUAAAGGGACGGGGAAACCCUGCAAACAAAAGUCCCCGCUGGAGUCGUCUCAAGAACGUUCAUUAAUUGGAAACCAAUCAGAUGAUCACAGUAGAUCUACUCCAGAUCCAAAUUCAGAGAUACCUAGUCACGGUACUACAUCUACGCCUACAGGUUCAUCUAGUGGUUCGCCUGGUGAUCAGGGUGGUUCUCUUGUAGAAAAUAGAGAGAAUCCAUCUCCACUGAAGGGACAAAAGAAAGAAGAAGAUGAUGAAGGUUCGCGAGGUGUGGAAGAACAAGUAAGCCGUGGACAAGGAGCUGUAGAAGGGGGCAGAGGGCACUCUGACAGUAAACCACCAACAGUAAGCCCUGGUAACUCAGAAAACCCCAAUGGUACGGAUAAUGAACAAACACCUGGAAACGAACAGAGAAGCCAGAUAAAUAAUGGUACACAAGGCACAAGUGCUGCGCAGGGCAAUACAAACGCACAAGAAGCUACCGUUACACAACCUUCUUCUUCUUCUGACACUUCCAGCAGUUCAGUUACAGAGAAUACCGGUGGAACAACUUCUGAGAGUGAUGACACUGGUUCACAGAAUGAGUCUACAAACAUCACAGAUGUUACAGGAAAUACAACCACCACCACAACAACAACACUUCCUCCUGAACUCACAAACAACAAGAAGGGUGAUGCAGACAGCAGCAGC